UGGGAAGACAAUAUGUUGGCUGUCAUCAAGGGGGAAGCAUAUUUGCUCAGAUGCACGCAUUAUUUCAAUUCCCCGCUGAACUACAGCUGGCUAACCAUACUUGACAUGCAGCUGAUUCCGUUCCUGAUCGAACAACAUCGCAAGGGGUAUUUACCAUUGGAGAAGAUUGUCACCUACUAUCCUGUUGGCCGAUUCCUUCAAGCACUUAAAGACUUAAAGGAUGGCAAGGUAGUCAAGGCUGUUUUGAAGUGGGAAGGGGGAGAUUCAGAAAACACCGAUGCACAAUCACUAGGAAGACUGUGACUGGCUUUGAAAACAAG